AUGUUCUCCAGGGAUUUUACAAUAGGCAUGAUCUUCUUAUCACAGACUACAUUGGGAAUCCUGGGGAAUUUCUCUCUUCUUUACCAUUAUCUCUUCCUCUACCUCACUGGGUACAGGUUAAGGCCUACAGACUUGAUUCUCAGGCACAUGACUGUAGCCAACACCUUGGUCAUUCUCUCUAAAGGAAUCCCGCAGACAACGGUAGCUUUUGGGUGGAAAGGCUUCCUCAAUGAUUUUGGAUGCAAACUUGUUUUAUAUGUUCAAAGAGUGGGCAGGGGAGUGUUCAUUGGUACCACCUGCCUCUUGAGUGUCUUCCAGGCCAUCAGCAUCAGCCCCAGGAAUGCCAGAUGGGCAGAGCUUAAGGUAAAAGCUGACAAGUUCAUUGGUCCCUCCAAUAUCCUCUCCUGGAUCCUGCACAUGCUGGUAAAUAUCGUAGUUCCUUUUUGUGUGGCUGGCAAUUGGAACAAUAAAACCAUCACAAAGAUAAAAGAUUUUGGAUACUGUUCUUCUGUAGUUCGUGACACAACCACACGCUUACCACAUUCAAUGUUGUUUUCAUUCCUCGAUGUUGUGUAUUUGAGACUCAUGUCCUCGGCUGGUGGCUUCAUGGUUUUCAUUCUGUACAGACACAAGAAGCGGGUCCAACACAUUCAUAGGAAUAACCUCUCCCCUAGCUCCUCCCCUGAGUCCAGAGCCACUCAAACCAUCCUUGUUCUGUUCAGCACCUUUGUAUCUUUUUAUUCCCUCUCCUCCAUCUUCUAUGCUUGUGUGACUCUUUUUAAUACUCCAAGUUGGUGGCUGAUAAACAUCUCACCACUGUUUGUUGCAUGUUUCCCAACUGUCAGCCCCUUUUUUCUCCUUAGCAGUGACUCCAGUGUGUCCAGGCUGUGCUGUGUGUGCACUGGAAAGAAAACACAAUUCUCUCAUCUCAUCAAAAACAUAUAAAUUGUCUAGUUUUCACCGAGUUCAGUUAUUGAUGUAGUCAUCCAUCACAGAAUCUUAAUCCCAUUUAUGAGCCAGUCUCCUUGAGUGCUGGUGAAUAAGAUGGAGA